AUGGCGAACCGGAGCUCAGAAACACCUCUCAAACCCACCACAGCACGUCCUGAGCUAUUAUGGGCCGUCCCCUGCUCUUUCGUGCUUUUUCAGCCCUCCUGGGACAUUUUGGCGCCAACUCAAAAAUGUUCAACAAUGUAUGUAAUUUACCGUUUUUGGAACUGGGCGUUCUCGAGUCCGGAUUGUGCAGGUGCUAUAUAUAGGAAGCUUGGGGCGCAAUAUUUCCAACUCCACCGCGAACCCAUGAGAUCUCCACUAGUUUCGCACGUUCUGCUCUGCAGCCUUGUCUCUGGGCUUGCCGUUGCCGCCACAGGAUCGAGUAGCGUGUCAUUAGCUACUGCCACUUGCAACCCGCUCAAAACGACUGGCUGUCCCGCUGACACGGCGUUGGCAGGAGCGAUUUCGGAAGACUUCAAGUCUGCCAGCGAGUACUUCUCGGUUUACUCUACGCCAGACCAGAUAUUCUACAGCGACGAAGGUGUCCAGCUGACGCUGGCCAAAAGAUUCGACAAUCCUGCGCUCAGAUCCAACUUCUACCUAAUGUUUGGAAAAGUUGAGGUCCUCUUAAAAGCAGCAAACGGAACAGGAAUCAUCUCGUCCUUCUACCUUCAGUCGGACGACCUCGACGAGAUCGAUCUGGAGUGGUUUGGAGGCGACGGCUACGAGGUCCAGACCAACUACUUCUCCAAGGGAAACACAGCCACAUACGACAGAGGAGGCUAUCACAACAUGGACGACCCAAGAGCCGCUUUCCAUAACUACACAAUCGACUGGACAGCAGAGGCUCUUACGUGGUACGUCGAUGGAAAGGCCAUCAGAACACUCACCAACGACUCGUCCCAGGGCUAUCCGCAAAGCCCUAUGUACUUGAUGAUGGGCAUCUGGGCCGGAGGAGACAGCACGAACUCCCAAGGAACGAUAGAAUGGGCUGGCGGAUCCACAAACUACGAUGACGCUCCGUUCUCGAUGUACAUUAAAAAAUUGGUGGCUGUUGACUACUCGAACGGCUCUGAGUACCGCUACGAGGACACCAGUGGUCAAUGGACGUCGAUUGAGGCCGUCGACGGACAAGUGAAUGGCCGCAUCGGCUUGGCAGAAGAGGAGUUUGACGUUCUGGUUGCUGGCGGAACUUUGUACUCUGAGGAUUCUGACUCUCAAACAGAAAGCUCCACCAACGGUGCCACCUCGAGCCACUAUGGGUCCUCCACACCGGCAGAGGGCAGCUCUUACAAUCCGACUGCCACUGCCUCCGGCUCGCACAACUCCGUCUCCACUAGUAAGAGGUCCAUCACUGACAAGUCUGCCAACCAGAGCUCUACGACGCUCGAGGCAUUGGCCAGUUCCUCCGCGACCGUUUCAAACAACUCCUCGUCCCAAUCGGUCUCGUCCACGAACGGCUCCAACUCGGGCCGUUGUUUCAACAAUCUGAACGUUUUUGUGUCGCUUGUGUCUGCUCUUCUGUUUGGAUUGGCACUGAUUUAG